AUGGCGCUCGAUGGCCAACCGAAUUACUUCAAUGCCAUUCCUGCGCCGUACCUAGGCAAUCUGACGCUCAUCAACCAGUGCCAUCGCACGCUGGCAGCUCUCACGGCAGACUCGGCCACACACGAAGCCUUGCUGGACGCCUAUGUCGUCGCGCGAGGUGUCGAAGACCUGAGCAUUCUGCCGCACGGCCGAGGGCUGGCUGCGUUUGACAAUGUCGUCUCGUCGCUUCUCAUGUACCCGCUCAAUGACCUGCAGUUUGGCGGCCAGCACUGGGUCAAUGGUGGUAAGCCUCAAGCCAUCAGGCCAUUUAUGGAACAAUGGGAUUCUAGCGGCCGUAUAUGCUUUGUUUUGCCGCGCAAGAGGAAUGGUAGCGUCGAGCUCGUGCUCAACGCGUUGCCGGGUGAGAUGGCGCUGAUGAUACGCGAUGUCGAUUUCAGCUGCUUUGUGACCUCUUUCUGA